UGGGCAUUUAUUUUUUUCUGGUCGCGCCCACUAUUCGCAUCGUCCUGUUCUUCUUUAUUCAUCAAAAGAGUCCGGUCCCGGUUGAUUGACGAAUAAAAGAGAACCACGAAUCGCUGGUGUAAUUGUGAUACUCUUUCUUUUUUUUUUUCAUUCUUUUUCUUUUUUUUUUUCUCCUCUUUGAACGACAAGGAACAUGUCCGAUAAUGGGUCCACUUCUUUGGCACCCGAAUCUACAAAGGAAUUCACAAGUGAAUCAAUGGAUGUGCUUUCACCGGAACAUGCAGCAUUAGCUUUCGAUUCAGGUGACGAUUUCGAUACACCGCCGCGUGAAAUGACGGCAGAGGAACGAUCUUUUUGUGCCAACACGAUCAAAACGCUCAUGAAGCAUCGACGAGCGCUUGCGUUUCUUCAACCUGUCGAUCCCGUGGCUUUGAAUAUACCGGAUUACCCUACCGUCAUCAAGAAUCCCAUGGAUCUCGGAACCGUCGAUGCCAAACUGAAAAACAACGAAUACGGUUCCGUAGGCGAAUUCGCUCGAGAUAUCCAGCUCAUGUUCAACAAUUGCUACCUCUACAAUAACGUCGGCGAUCCAGUUUACGUCGAUGGCAAAAAGCUCGAGGAAGUUUUUGUUCGUUGUAUGAAAAAAGUGCCAAAGGCUCAUACAUCUCCGAAACCGACGCCCGAAAUCCCUUCCAACGAUAUACCCUCGGAACCGUUAGCUGCGACGAUGCCAGAAAACGAGACACCCGUCGAACCAGAACCAGAACCCGAUACCGUUGUCGGCAAACGUGAAAAACGACCUUCGAAUGCGGGAUCGGUGGUCAUUGAUGAUGGGAUGGAUAUGAUGCCGGAGGAUCAGUUCAAACGUUGCGAAAGCGCGCUGAAAGAGUUGCGAAAGACAAAAUAUGCCAAUAUCAGUUGGCCUUUUCAGGAACCCGUUGAUGCCGUCGCUUGGGGGGCCACCAAUUACUACGACAUCAUCUCGCAACCCAUGGAUAUAUCGACGAUCGAGAGAAAACUCAACGAAUUCGAAUACGCCAACGAAUCCGAAUUUGUUGCCGACAUCAAACUCAUGUUCCAGAACUGCUAUGUCUACAAUCCCGAAGAUCAUCCAGUUCAUCAAUUCGGAAAACAAUACGAGGAAGUGUUUGAUAAAUACUGGGAUAAAUUGCAUAAAAAGAGCGCGGGAAAAGCCAAUAAGAAGCUGCAACAACUUGAAAAGGAGAAGAAGGAAUUACAAAAGAAGCUCAAAAAGCAAAGUAAAGACAAAGAUAAAGAGCCCUACAGUGUGUUAUCCGGAAAACGGCGGCAUGAAAGCGAGGACGAUGCCACGGAGGUUGCAGCACGACCUACGAUUUUACGAUUGAAACUGUCGGCUAAACCAAAGAAUGAGGACGAGGACAACGAGAAAAACGCCAAGGCCACGGGUUUGGCUUUGUCGAGAGAACCGAUGCUGGAGACAAAUCGACCUAAGCUGGCUUUAGGCAUCAAAGUCCCCUCUCCAGCCCAUCAGAAACAAGCCGAGAAAAAGCCACCUGUUAUUCUUCAGAAUCAAGACAAGUGGUUGGCGCUUGCGCAAUCAUCCAAUCCGGCGAGUAAUGCCACUACCACAACGACUCCGUCAUCCACCGGUACGGAUUCUUCGGCAGCUAAAAGUACACCUCAGAACGAAAGAGGAAAUGGACGGCCGAAAGAAGCGGCAGCAACACCGCCAAAACCCAAAGAGCCACCCAAAGCUUUCGAUAUCAAUGAUUUAUACGAGAAAAUUCACAAUGAAAACCGGAUACGUGAGCAGCAGAAACGCGAUGAGCGAGAACAGCGUGAAAAAUUAGAGAAAGCGCGUCUAGAAAAGGAACGACAACUGAUGUGGGAACAGCAAGAGAAAAAACGGGAGCAUAUAUUGUGGAUGACCGCACAGCGAGAAAAGGAUAGAGAAGAGCGAUUAGCAAUGCUGAACGAACGUACGGUAGACAUCAGCAAGCAAAAGCUACUAUUUCAGCAUUUUGAAACCACAACACUGAAUCGAGAUCAAGAUUGGCGAGAUUUGUUCAUAUGGCAACGAGAUACCGUUGAUUACCGUCAUAUGCCGGUGCCUGGUUUUGUCCGUCGAUCGGGGGUGUCACUCACAGAUCUAAGGCGGAAAAUACUUAGUACAAGGGUGCGCAUGAAUUCGCAUGAAUCAGCAAAAGACGAAGAAGGGGAAGAUGGACAAGAAGAAGUAGAUAUGGAUGUGGAGUAAAUAUCUUUUUUUAUUAUUAUUAUUAUUAUCAUUCUUAGGGAAUCCUAUACCCCUAAUGUACAAACACAACUCAUUACACACACACGGAUAACGAUCAGACAACAGAAGAGCAGACAGUUCCCUUUUUUUUUUCCCAGCAUUAUUUUUCACUUGGACUCGAUCGCCAAAA